AUGGAUUCUGGUGGUCGUGACGGUGCUUCGAGUGAGGAGCCCGGUGCCUCUUCCAACUCCGUCUCCAAGAAGAACAAAACUAAUUAUCAUCGCCACACCACUCAGCAGAUCCAGCGCCUUGAAGCUUAUUUCAAGGAAUGCCCUCAUCCGGACGAGCAUCAAAGGUGUCAGCUUGGUAAAGAGCUGGACCUCGAGCCCAAACAGAUCAAGUUCUGGUUCCAAAACAAGAGAACUCAGACCAAAGCUCAAAAUGAAAGGGCAGACAACACACUGCUCAGGACGGAGAACGAGAGGAUACACUGCGAGAACCACGCGAUAAAGGAGGCGUUGAGGAACGUGAUUUGCCCUGCAUGCGGCGGCCCCCCCUUCGGCCAGGAGGAACGCGAUCACAGCCUCCAGAAACUGCGUUUGGAAAACGCCCAUCUGAAGGAACAGCUAGAGAAAGUAUCGGAUCUCCUAUCAAAAUACAUAGGCAAACCAAUUUCUGUCAUGGACUCCAGAGCAUCCUCUUCAUCUCAUGAGCCACUUCCACCGUCCUUGGCCCAUCAAAUCCCACCCAACUUCUCCUAUGGAAGCUCCUCCAACAAUCCAGAACCUUCCGACAAUCAUCGUCGUCAUCAUCUUCUUCCUCAUCUCCAUCAUCAUCCUCAUGUUUUCUCAGACCCCAUCAACAACAACAACAGCAACAGUGCACAGAUUCCAGCCGCACCAGUCCAAGUCCAGCAGGCACUGUCCGAUCUUGAGAAGGUGAUGAUGUCCGAAACAGCGGCUGGUGCGAUUGAGGAACUCGUAAGACUGUUUCACAUCGACGAACCUUUAUGGAUCAAGUCUUCUAUCGAUGGAAGAGUGGUCGUCGACCAAGAACACUACGAGAACUUCUCUCAGAGACAUACCCAUUUCAAGACUUCUAGUGCUCGUGUUGAAUCUUCCAAGGAGGUGGCCGUGGUUCCCAUUGAGGCCAGAAGCUUGGUCGACAUGUUCCUGGACUCGGAGAAAUGGGUGCAGCUCUUUCCGACAAUUGUCAACAGAGCAAAAACAAUCCAUCUCCUUGAAUCCGCAGGCCCUAUGGAACAAGUUGGUUCCGUACAGCUGAUGUACGAGCAAAUGCACAUACUGUCGCCAUUGGUGCCGCCGAGAGAGUUCUUGAUAGUGCGGAGCUGCCAACUAGCGGAAGAAGGGAUGUGGGUGGUUGCUGACGUGUCAUAUUACCUCAGGGACUUCGACUUCGUCUCUUCUUCCAACUGUUGGAAACGCCCGUCCGGCUGCAUCAUCCAAGACUUGUCCGACGGUCACUCCAAGGUGACAUGGAUAGAGCAUGUGGAAGUGGAUGACAAAGCGCACACACAUCGUCUCUAUAGGGACCUCUUAUGCGGUGGCUCUGGAUAUGGAGCUCGUCGUUGGAUCGUCACUCUUGAGAGGACGUCCCAUAGAUUUGCUCUCUCCAAUCUUAACAAUAUCCCCACUACCGAUUUCGGUGCAGUGAUAUCGUCGGGAGAGGGAAGAAAGAGCAUGAUGAAGUUGGGACAGAGGAUGCUGAAGAACUUCACGGGGAUGCUGAGCAUGUCGGGGAAGCUUGACUUCCCGCAGUUGUCGGAAGUGAACAACAGUGGAGUUAGGGUCUCCGUACGGAAAAGCAUGGAGGCUGGUCAACCCUCCGGCGUCAUAGUCAGCGCCGCCUCUUCCCUCUGGCUCCCUCUCCCUCCCUCCAAAGUCUUCAACUUCUUCCGUGACGUCCACCUUCGUCAUCAGUGGGACGUUCUAUGCCAUGGAAACGCGGUUGCGGAGGUCGGUCGCAUCCUCUGCGGUCCGGACGAAAACAACUGCGUCACCGUUCUUCGGCCGUUCAUUCCGACGGAGAGCGGAAUGCUGAUGCUACAAGAAUCGUUCAUGGACUCGCUAGGAGGCAUGAUGGUGUACGCACCUAUAGACAUACCGACCAUGCACGUGGCCGUCAACGGCGACGACCCCUCCGCCGUUCCCAUCCUCCCUUCCGGCUUCAUCAUCUCCCGCGACGGCCGCUCCUCCCCCGUCACCGUCGAAGGGUCCACGCUGCUCACGGUGGCAUUCCAAAUACUGGUCUCCGGCCCAACUUACUCGAGAGACCUCAACAUGGAGUCGGUGGCCACGGUCAACACCUUGAUCAGCUCCACCAUCCAACGGGUCAAAGCCAUGCUCAACUGCGUCGAUCUUGAGUGACGUCAUCUCAUCUAUCAACGCGGAGAGAGAGGGUUAUAUCCGUCUUUUUAUGUUUUGGUUGUGUGUCGGCAUUUUUUACCGGUUAUAUUCGGUCCUUUUUAUAUUGUGUAAUAAUUCUUGGGCUGAUGAAAACUUUUGCUCGGUUUAUGGUUUAUGAAUGUAUUUCGUCGUGCGUUGAAACCACGCAACGACGUCGUUUUCGGCCUUUGUUUUUUUAUAAUGACAAUUCUCUUUUUUGGGCUU